UUGCUAUCUGCAAAUGUUAAAGGAAGGAAUCUAGAGAGUUCGAAUAGGAGAGAAGACAGAACGUAACGAUGCAAUCUCUUCAGCAGAAGGCGUCGGAAUGGAGCGGAGUUGACCAGACAGAUGCGUUCGCCAUUGACGAGAUCAAUCUAUUCGAGAAGCUCGGCAAGCAAACUUUCAUCAAUCUCUCAACUCAUUUCUACAACAGGGUUUAUGAUGACGAACAAGAGUGGUUCCGAUCUAUUUUUGCGAAUUCGAGUAAAGAAGACGCGAUUCAAAAUCAGUAUGAGUUCUUCAUCCAGAGAAUGGGAGGACCGCCUCUGUAUUCCGAGAGAAAAGGUCAUCCUGCUCUCAUCGGUCGUCACCGUCCUUUUCCAGUAACUCAUGAAGCUGCAGAGAGGUGGCUUCAACACAUGCAACAAGCAUUAGACAGCACUGCAGAUAUAGAUUCGGAUUCCAAAACCAAAAUGAUGAACUUCUUCAGGCAUACUGCAUUCUUUCUUGUGGCUGGAAAUGAGAUGAAAAAUCCAAACCAAGGAGUUCCUCCACCAUGUAAGCAUGCAACUAGCAAAACAUCUACUAACUAACUGUGAACUUUCAUUGCAAAAUUGCAAAUUCAUGAUUGAAUGAAUCUAAAUUAGUUACUAAGUUUAUUUAACAUUGAACAAUCUGUUGAUUAUCAGCACUAUUAUUGUCAUAUUAUCAGUUAGUUAA